CAUUUCUCAUGCAUACUCAUAUGUUGUGUGAUACACCCAAAGGCCAAAAGGCAGCACAUUGGCAAAAGUGAUCAUGCCAUCGACAGUAACAAUUAUCUCGAUCUCCGUCGUCAUCGCAGCCGUAUAUCUUCUCACAAAUUUUGCAUUUCCGGCCGUGGAGCCGUUAGUCUACUACCACUACUGCUCUCCACCAAAGUACUUUCCAGGAUCGUCGUCCAAGUCAAACGUCAGCUCGCUGCUCAACAUGUUCGUAAACUCAGCUUCUAUCUACACGUACAACAAUCUCACCGUCAACGGAAACUACGGACUGCACCAGUGCCGGGGUGAUCUCUCCUCCGAUGAGUGCGUAAGUUGUGUCGCGCAAGCUGUUCGCCUGCUCCAAAGCCACAGCGUAGGCGAGACCGGCUGCGCGUUGCAGCUCGAAGGCUGUUUAGUGAAGCACGACAACGUUAUGUUCUUUGGCGUGGCAGAUAACACGGCCAUGGUUAUGAGUUGCGGGACACCGGCUGGGUAUAAUAAGUAUAAGUCGGACGAGUUGACUAAUGCGUUGGUUAAUAAAGUGGUUGCAAGUAGUGGUACGUCCUACAGAGUUGAGAGGUCAGGGAAAGCGCAAGCUGUAGCGC